CACUCAUUUCAAUUUCUAAUUACAUUCUCUGAUCAUUUCUGUCACAAAAAUCUCACUUUAAGUAAUUAAUUCAAAUUUAGCAAUGGACGGCGGCAACAGGUCGGCGGCGGCGAAGGCAAAAAGGGGGAAAUCCUCCGCCGGAAAUAACAGUCAGCAAGAUUCCGGCGCCGCCGCGGGAAACAGGUUUCUGGGCGUCCGGCGGCGGCCGUGGGGACGCUACGCGGCGGAGAUACGCGACCCGACCACCAAAGAGCGCCACUGGCUGGGCACAUUCGACACGGCGGAGGAGGCGGCGCUGGCCUACGACAGGGCGGCGCGGUCCAUGCGCGGCUGCAAGGCCCGGACCAAUUUCGUCUACUCCGACAUGCCGCCGGGCUCCGCCGUCACUUCCAUUAUUUCCCCCGACGAGAGCCGCCACGACUUCUCCAUGCUAUUCCCCGCCGCCGCCUCUCAAAUUUCCGACACGGCGGUGGACAACCACCACAUGUUCUAUUUCAGCGGCGGCGGCGGCGGGGGGAAUGGAAACCCUAGCCAUGUCCCCGGAUUCCAGCUGACCGGAGACGCCUGGAAUCAAGCAACCUACGGCGGCGCCGGCAGCGAGCUCCACCGCCGGGAAAUUAAUCCUCCGGCGGCGAAUGAUCAGCUCCCACCGUUGCCGCCGGACAUCAGCUGCUACUCCGGGGAGCCGCCGGUGCUGUCGGAAAUGGGACACGGAGUGGUGAAUGAGAUGAGAUACGUGGAGCUGUCGGAGCAGCGGCGGAGCAUGGACAGCGCCGCCGAGGCGUACGGUUACGGCGGGAAUGAGGGUUUCGUGGGAUACGAGGAUUCCUCCAUGGACGCCGCCAGAAGCAGCUUCUCCGCCUACGGUUGGUUCUGAUCAUCGA